AUGAUGACUAGGGCAUGUGCUGCUUAAACAAAGGAUAAAUUCUUGAAAUUGGCUGGACCUAAAUUAGUAUAAAUAUAUACAGGAGAUGGAGCUAAAAUGGUUAGAGAGCCAUUUUAAUUAAAUGCACUAGCCAUUAUCUUUAUUGAUGAAUUAGAUCCUAUUGGAACAAACUGA